AUUAUUUUCCCAUGUGUCAAAAGAGAUCUUAAUUAAAUGGCAACCCAAAUUUAUAGUACAAGAGAAAAAGUUCAAGCUGAGUUUUAUCAACAACUUAAAACAUUCGAGCUCCUCAAUGUUAAACUUACUGGUGAAGAGCUAGGUGGUGGCUCAUUUGGGUAUGUAGUUGUUGUCGAAGUACCUGGAGCACGACCGGAUACACGAUGUGCAGCCAAGAUUCUCCAUAGCCAGUUGGUACAAGAAGUUCUUAAUCUUGAAGACAGAGAAAAAUUACAACCAAGAGGUAAUUAUCGCCGUAGAUCUCUGAUUGAAUCGUUUAAGAAUGAGUGCAUAUUGUUGAGUGAGAUUAGGCACCCCAAUGUUGUUGAGUUCUUUGGUAUUUGCUACCCUACUGGAGUGACCUUACCUGCUCUUGUUAUGGAGCUACUGAUGACAAAUUUGCACGAUUAUCUUGAGGACAAUACCAAAAAGAAAGUACUUAUUCCAUUAUCAAUGAAGAAUGACAUUCUGCUUGAUAUAUCGAAAGGUCUUGUAUACUUGCACAGAAAAAGCAUAAUACAUCGCGACCUCACAGCAGCCAAUAUCUUGCUCACUAAAUCUCUCACUGCUAAAAUAGCUGACCUAGGCAUGGCUCGUCUAAUAGCUGAGCAGCAUGAGGCCAAAAUGAGUGUACUUCCUGGAAAUCCGAAUUACAUGCCACCAGAAGCAAUUACUGGUGAUCAGUAUUCUGCCAUCUAUGGAAAGCCGAUUGACUCCUUUUCCAUGGGACACAUCCUUCUGUUCACUCUCACUCAAAUGUAUCCAGAGCUUUUAUCUGCAAAGUAUCUUGAUUCAGCAUCUGGAAAAAAUGUUGCUCGCUCUGAGGUUGAACGACGUGAAUAUAGUUUUCAAGCUCUGUAUGCAUUCAUUGAAAAAGGUCAUCCUCUGGCUCAACUUGCUAGAAUGUGUCUUCACGAUAAUCCCGAAAUUCGGCCAUCAGCUGAUGAGAUAAUGCAACAGUUUCUUGAGCUGCAGAAUGAAAUAAUAAAGCAAGAAAACCAUCGACUUGUAUAUGAUAUUCAAACAUGGGAACAUACGACUGGUGCACUAGAGAAAGAAAACGCUGAAUUACGAAGAGAAAGAGAUAGCGUUUUACUGGGAUUGUCUCACUUUAAGCAUCUUGUCGAAGAAUUACAACAAACAAACACAGAACUUAAUAGUGACUUAGAAUAUUUUCAAAACUUCAGUAGAGACUUAAAAAAAGCAAAUGCAAUCCUUUCACAAAAAGUAGUCGAAAAUCAACAAGCAUUGUCCGAUCUUCAGAACAAAUAUUUUAAGAUGCUGAUUGAAAAGAAGGUCGAUAAAGUAUGUAGCCCUGUGCCUAAUGAUGCAAUGGGUGAAGCCUUCGAAGGACUUAGUCUGAUUGGAGGAGAUGACGGACCUUGUAGCAUGGUUAAUGCUCGCUCUAAACACAAUAAUGAUUCGUACUUGAAUAGUCUAGCAUCAAAUAACGCUGAGUUCAACAAACAGGCCGAAAAUGCUUGGAAAGUGGACACACCAACUCAGGAACAAACACUUUCUAAUACUGCCAUUGCUGUCCCUUGUCUUAAUGGCUAUGAUAAGGGAUUUAAAAAGUAUGUC